AUCUUCUAAAAAUCAGUCGAGCGCGCCCUGCUCCCGGGGAGUUUUGAAUCUCCACUCAGUUUCAGUUAAUAUAUUCAUUCAAAUAUCGUUGUGUGCGCAUUUGUCGAUUUGAAGAUAACCCAACCCGCCCGCUGAGCACCAAUCCUCUCCACGCAGACGCGAUUGAGAAAGAAUGAACCGCCACGAGGGCGUCGUCUGCAGCGGAUGCGGAAAGGUGGAGUUCACGGGCAGGUGCUACCGUUGCCUGAGUUGCCGUGACCUGGCCAUUUGUGCGGAUUGCUACGACAUUGACUUCACCACCGCCGACCAUCCCUUUGACCAUCCGGUCAAGUGUGUCUACACGCCGUCGGAUGUGGAGCUGUAUUUUGGCGGGGAGUACAUCACUAGCGAUCCGCCGCAGAGCUACCGCUGCCCGUACUGCAAGCAGUGGGGCUUCAACGAGUCCACAUUUCUGGAGCAUGUUUCGGCGCAGCAUCCGGGUGCCAGUCCACUGCUGGUGUCCACAAUGAUCACGCUCUUUGAGCAGCAGCAGGCGGCCCGCCUUUUCCUGGAGGACGAGCAGCUGGCCUCCAUCUCGGCGGCGGCGGUUUCGCGCAACGAGCAGAUGCGCCGCUCAGUAGGCUCUCUCGAUCUUUUCUUGGAACAGCUAAAUCCAGAUGGCAGUUACCUUCGAGCCGGACAGUCAGUGGGUACUCAGGCGGUCAGGGGCAAUGAGGUGGCCAGAGAACGGUCCAACCGCCUGAGACGCUCGGCUGGUCCACCAGCAAGCAGAGGCAGGCCGCACAGUAUCCCCCUCAUAAGGGCAGCUCUUCCGCCCCCGGCAUCAGGAACGAAUCCCUCCAUUCCACCCGCCAUCAGUAUCAGUAGUCCGAACUCCAGUUCGCUGGGCUCCGAGACAUCCAACCGUCGCCAGGAGGUGAUGGCGCCGCGCUAUAUAAUCACAGAGUCUGGGCACUCCCGGCUGAAUUUCGUGGUGGCCGGGAUGGAGGUGCCAACUACGCUGCGUGCAGCUGCCCAGCAGGUCGUCGCCUCCUCGGCACAACCUUCAACAUCAACAGCGAGCUCGCCGCUCAUUACACAUCCCACGAUGACUGAGAUGAUGCGCUUCUACGGCGGCAAUCUAUCAAUGCCGCACGAAAUGAAUCCCCCCGCCAGCCGAGCCAACCGUUCCAGACAGAGAUCUGUGCCCUGGCUGCAGCCCGCAGGUGCAGAUCCCUCGGCUUCCACAGCGGGAACCGGUCGAGGCGUCAAUAUUUUCGGCCCUGUUUCCCACUUGAACCAGUCGCCAAACUUGGCCAAUAGUAUUCAUAUGACCCCUAGUUCGCGACAUCCACGUGAGACAAGACACCGAACAUCUAGGAUGCUGCCGAACGUCCCAGGUAAUAAUAGUGGCGGACUAAGCCUGCAACUGCUGGCACCCUCCACUCAUUCCCGGACUUUGGCAGUUCGCUCUGUGAACUUCAGUGACCAACGGAUGGAGGAUAGCGAGAUGCUCAACCUAAAUCUGAGUUCCACCGAGACGGCGCUUCGCUCGUUAAAUAUCAAACCGGCAACGGAGGCCAAGGAAAGCGACAAGGAGCGCGAGCGCUUCCUGUGCUACCGCUUUCUGAAGUCCAGCCCGUCGCAGCCGGCCGACGAGCAGGCUGCUUUUCUGGAGCAACGCGCCGAGUUCGUCGCCCAGCUGAUCUCAUCCGCCUUGUGUGACGAUGAGCUCCAGGAAUCGCUUUCUUCGGAGUUGACCCUGAAGUUACCCACAAUAUCGAGCAGCGACAAAGCAGGCGCCGGGGAUGCCGAGAAGAUCCCUCCACUGUGAUCGACGCUAACUGUUUUGUGUACCCUUCUUCUUAUACCUUUUUUAUGGUUUAAAUUAUCUGUUAAAAUUGAGAAAUAAUUGGAAGCCAGUAAAUUGAUGGCGUUGUUGAUUAA